AUGCAUCUCGACAAUAAUGGGAAGCUAGCCAUUGUGCAACUUAUCUACUAUAGUCCCGCCUUGAUUGCAAGUAUUCUCGUUACGAGAAAACAAGGCUUCAGCUACGCUGCAGGAUGGCAUUAUCUGAUCGUGCUCUCUGUGCUGCGAAUAGUUGGAAACAUCCUGCAGAUUGUGGCUGAAAGCCAAUCGACACCGAACCUGGAGCUGACUAUUACGGCGGCUACGAUAGCAGGGGUGGGUUUGUCGCCAUUGACGCUGGCUACGAUGGGUAUUCUUCGUCGGAUAAAUAUGCGCAUGACCCCGGAAUUCGUUUCGCUUCGAGUAUUUCGCAUAAUGUACAUCUUCCCCGCGCUGGCUAUCGUGUUACUCUCCGCGAGAGGGUCGAAGAUCAGCUCCCUCCAAGCUAGUACUCGAAAGACCGGGCUCGCGCUUCUCAAGGCGGGCGCUGUGCUAUUUCUCGUGACGGCAGUGUUCCUAUGUUUCGUCUCGGCGGCAUUUUUAGCUAGGAAAUCACGCAUUAGGUGCGAAGAUAGGAAACUCAUGUCUGCUGUUGUUGGGAGUUUGCCGUUUCUGGUUGUGAGGGUUCUGUAUUCGGUUUUUGUGGAGUUUAAUUAUGAUGAUCAGGACAGUAUUUUCAGUCCGAUGGCAGGUGAUAUUUGGGCUCGUGUAUUUAUGGAAGCGUUGGAAGAGUGGGUUAUAGUGGCGCUGUAUUUGGUGGCUGGUUAUGCGUCUCCUCGAGUGGAGAAAAGUUAA